AUGGACUGGGACCAUCUAGCCGAAGAGAAUGGUCAAAGGCUUUUUGCGGCCUGGCUUCAGCUGUUGUCCAAACAGUCACCUGCCUUGCCGUUGAGACUGGCAAAUCAGCAUCGUCGUGGAAAGGCACAGGCGAUUGCCGUGUCAGGUUUCAGUACUGGUGCUUACAACAUCUGCUGUACGGUUACUUUCGACGAUGGAUUCCGUGCACUUGUUCGGUUUCCCAUCCUAGGCCGGAGCCGGUUUCGCACUGAGAAAACUAGAAAUGAAAUAUCGGUGAUGAGGUAUCUGUCUCAACAGACCAAUAUCCCUGUCCCCAUUGUCCUUGGUGCGGGCCGUUGGGGCUGCGGGCCUUACAUUGUCAUGACCUUCAUCGAGGGGACCUUGUUGUCCCAGCGCGUCGAAAGCUCACUUGGCUUAGAUCCAACCAUUUCAGGCCCUGGCAUUGAGAAUGCUUUUCAUGCAAUGGCCCAGAUCAUGCUUGAACUAUCAAAACCUACGUUCCCAUGUAUUGGGGCUCUUGUUCAAGAGUCGGGAGUGUGGAAGGUGGUGAACAGACCAUUGACUCUCAAUAUGAAUGAGCUUGUGCGUGUAGGAAACAUUCCCCCGGAUAAAUUCGCGGGAGGGAGUUUUGGGAAUGUGCUUGUUUCAGACCCAAACUUCACAGUCGCCGGUAUCAUCGACUGGGAAUAUACAUAUGUGGCACCCGAUGAAUUCACAUACGCUGCCCCGUGGUGGCUUUUAUUUGAGAGCCCUGAGGCCUGGGAGCCGGAUCUGAACGAGUUCCUAUCUCGGUACACUCCUCGCCUACAACUUUUUCUUAAAGUACUUCGGUCUUGCGAAGACCAGCAGAUUCAGCUACAGAAGAUGGAUGAUUCUCAACGACUCUCUGACAAGAUGGCACAGUCUUUCUGGUUUUGCCUUGCUGCAAGAAAAAGUUUUAUGUUUGAUGAUAUCUACUGGACACUUCUUGACCAGAAAUACUUUGGCAGAGGGUCUCUUGAGGAUAGGCUUUUGCUUUUGUCGCAGGAAGAGUUGGAUGGGCUGGAAGAAAUUGUUCCAUUAAAGAUGCAGCAGGCCCGUGAAAACGUUCUGGAAGAACACUUGACGUACGACCAGUUUGUCGAUCUUUAG